CUCUGGCGGGCGAGGCGGGCUGGAAGGUUCCGCGACGGGUGGGCGGGGGAACGAGCGUUCCUGGGCCGCCGCUGUGCCGCCAUGGACUCGCGCAAGCUGAGUGAAUUGCGGGCCUUCGUCCGGCUGUGCAAGCAGAACCCGGGGGUGCUGCACUCCCCGGAGCUCGCCUUCCUCCGCGAGUGGGUGGAGAGUAUGGGAGGCACAAUACCGCCUGCUCCAGCCAAUACCUCCACGGAGGAGACAAGUAAGGGCAAAGCAGAGGAACACGCAGAGGAGCCAGUUAAAUCACCUGAACCAGAAAGUGAAGAGAGCGACUUAGAAAUUGAUAAUGAGGGAGUGAUUGAACCAGACAACGAUGACCCUCAAGAAAUGGGAGAUGAAAAUGUGGAGGUAACUGAAGAGAUGGCAGAUCAAGCUAAUGAAAAGAAGAUGGAAGCGAUAAAUGCUCUCAGUGAAGGGGACCUUCAGAAGGCUGUUGAAUUGUUCACAGAUGCUAUCAAGCUGAAUCCUUGUUUGGCCAUCUUGUAUGCCAAGAGGGCAAGUGUUUUUGUGAAACUACAGAAGCCAAAUGCUGCCAUUAGAGAUUGUGACAGAGCCAUCAAGAUUAAUCCUGACUCGGCACAGACCUAUAAAUGGAGGGGGAAAGCACAUAGACUUCUUGGACACUGGGAGGAGGCUGCUCAUGAUCUUGCAUUAGCUUGUAAACUGGAUUAUGAUGAAGAUGCAAGCGCCAUGCUGAAGGAGGUGCAGCCAAGAGCUCAGAAAAUUGCAGAGCAUCGACGAAAGUAUGAGCGGAAGCGUGAAGAAAAGGAAAUCAAGGAAAGAAUGGAAAGAGUGAAGAAGGCACGCGAGGAGCAUGAGAAAGCACAAAGGGAGGAAGAAGCAAGACGACAGGCAGGAGGAGCUCAGUUUGGUGGCUUCCCAGGUGGCUUCCCAGGUGGCUUUCCUGGGGCUGCAGGCAUGCCAGGAAUGGCAGGUAUGCCAGGCCUCAAUGAGAUCCUCAGUGAUCCAGAAGUUCUUGCGGCCAUGCAGGAUCCAGAAGUUAUGGUUGCAUUCCAAGAUGUUGCCCAGAAUCCAGCAAAUAUGUCCAAGUACCAGAGCAAUCCCAAGGUCAUGAAUCUCAUCAGUAAAUUGUCUGCCAAAUUUGGCAGUAAACCAUAAAAUCCCUGGUUCUUAAAAAUCAUAUCUGAAUGGCAAGGAUUGGAUUUGGCUAACCAGUGUUGCAAUAAAAUAAACCAUUUUACCUCUGAUCUUCUUAAGAAGAGAAAUGGGGUGUUCUAAGGAGAACUGCUCUCUAGCCCCAGGUAUUGACUUUAUUCAAAUAUUGGUUUGUAGAACUCAAAUUAUAUUCAGAUGACCUAGUUUUCAACCAUCCCUUCUUGUCCAACAGUUGCAGCCUUUCAUUGUAAGUAUUACAGACAGUUUUCUCUGGAUUAAUGUUCUUAUAACAAAUAGUAGUAUUCCAGGAGUAUAAGAUAAAAACAUGCUAUUUUUUUUUUUUUUUUUUU